AUGGACCAUAAUCAAAGUUCAAGGCCCCCUCCGCCUCCAGGUAUCUUCGCUCCCAUAUCACCUUCCAGAGCUGCCGCUGCCGUCGGUCCACCUGGCCUUUCACGCAGUCAGAACGCACCACCUACAUCCUUCGCUUUCCAUUCGUCGCCACCGUUGGCGCCUGCAAAUCAAGCAGCGCUCGUGGCACCUAGACCCAUGCAGCCCUAUCCACGACUCACGUCACCUCAGCCAUCCGGCGAGGCGGCCAUGGCAGGGGGCAGCUCAUCAGGCGCUCGCUCGCCAUCUCCAACGAAGCGGUCUUUCAACUUUCCUAUGGGCGACCCCAGCGAAAGGUGGAAUUCCAUCGGUCAAGUAUCCAGCAAUGCGAAUCGAGGCCCCACCAUCACAUCACAACGUAAACCAUCUUUGCAUUCUGGCCUCUCGGCAUCCAACGCCACCGCAGAACCAUUCCUCGGCUACAACGGGCUCUUCUCACCCAACGGCACGUCCACCUUUGCGCCGUCGGAAUCGCAGAAGAGCGCCAAUGCGGCUUCUCUCUCCAGCUCGGACCCAAUGAAUGUCGCUUUCCCAUCUGGAUCCAGCGUCGACUCGAGAGGAGGAUUCGCGUUGUCGUCGAGCCAGGAGCAGGACCUCGGCUCGCACCGAUACGGCUUGUCACCAGGUCAUUACGCAGCUGGCGGACGCGACGAGCUCUCAUCCCAUAUUGGCGGCAACCCUCGCAGUGUUGGGCAGGAUGAUUACAACCCUCGUUCGCCGUUCGGACCCGGGCCUGGUCAAGGGAUGCUUGGAAUGCCCAACCCCGGCAAUCUCAGCCCACGAAGCAUGAUGCAAUUACAGCACCAACACAUGCAAAUGCAGUCCCAACUGCAUCACCAGCAACAGCAGCAGCAGCAAUCCUCACAUCAGCCUCUUCACGGGCCUCCGCAGCAGCAGCUCGGCCUGCAAGGCAGCAUCGCCAACAGUGCCGGUCUGGCCCCGCAAGGAGGCCCCGCCGAGGAAAUCACCACGGUCUUCAUCGUCGGCUUCCCCGACGACAUGUCGGAGCGAGAAUUUGCCAACAUGUUCCUCUUUGCCAAAGGCUUCGAAGCGUCGACACUCAAGAUCCCAGCUGGUCUCGGCACCAUUGGGCCCAACGGACGCCUGUCGGACGGCGCCGGUCCUCUGUCGGCAGGCCCUGGCGGACCGUACCAAGCUGUCAAUAUGCCAGGAUCUGGUGUAUUCGACCUCGGCGGCAAUGCAGGAUCCAGCUGGGAGGAGCAGAACUUGCCGUUGGGUCUCGGGCGUCCAGGCACAAACGAUGCAUUCUCGUCGCUCAACAUGCCCGGCAUGCCCAACAGCAUGUCGGCUGCUGCUGCUGCUGGCAAGAUCAAGCAGAUCAUCGGAUUUGCCAAGUUCCGCACACGUGCCGAGGCUCUCGAGGCACGAGACGCUCUCAACGGUCGCAAGGUCGACGCCGAGAAGGGCUGCAUUCUCAAGACCGAGAUGGCCAAGAAGAAUCUACACACCAAGCAGCGUCCUGUUCUGGCUACGCCCGGGUUCGCAGAGGGUGUCCCUGGGUCGAUGCCGCCACCGGCCAGCGCACCGGGCUCUGGACUGAGUGGUGCUGCUCCUGGCCAAGCACCUCUGCCGCCGUACGCACUAGGUGGUCCGUUCUCUGGCCCUUCAGGUGCCCCAUCCGGUGGUCAAGGUGGUCCAUUCGGAACCUUCGGUAAAGGUCCCGGCGCUUUCGAGCCAUUUGGCGGCCCGAACUCCAUCCAGGGUGACCUCUUGUCCCCUCAUGAGGCGUUCGGUGGCCCCGACUUCUUCGGUCAGGGAGGAGCUGCCGCUUUGCGUUCUCCUAUCGGCGCACCUGCAACACUGACCGCUCAACAGCCUCAGCAGCAACAGCAGCAAGGCUCAAUCGGCGCCGACAAAUGGGGCGGGUCUCUUGGUCCGAUCGACUUUUAUGGGCGCGAGAGUGGCGCCGGACCCAUGCCGCCUUCAUCCAGGGGUUUGCAGGGCGGGAUCGGUCAAGGCCUGAAUGCGCCGGGCGGAUCUCGAUCUGACUGGCCUGCUAUCGGAUCGCCACCACCAGGGCUGUACGGUCCCAUCGCGGGCGCAGCGGCGUCACGACCUGGCAUCCAGAGACAAACCUCGCGGGGUAACGAGUCGACCCCUGCACCCGGCUUCGCGACAGCUACCGGAAGCGCAAGCAAGCCAGAGGAAAGCCUCAAGGCCGAUCCCAACCGUUUCAGUCCCACGUCGUCCUCGGCAGGUCCAGAGGCCGCUGCCGCCGCAGCAGCGACAAGCGACGCCCAGAAGCCAUCCAUCGCCACCCGCUUCGGCUCGAUCAAGAUCGGCUCGCCUGCAGAUGACGAAGAUGCCAAGCCGCCACAACAGGAGCCGAGUCCCGACCUACCUAGCCCCACUGGCGGUCGCAAUGUCGUCGGCGAUAAUCAUCCUCCCGUCAACACGCUCUUCGUCGGCAAUCUGCCCAGCAAUGCAUCCAGUGCGGUCCUCUCGCAGAUCGAAGACCAGCUCAGAGCAGUGUUUGGCAGCUGUCGAGGCUUUCGUCAGUUCUCCUUCCGCCUCAAGUCAAACGGUCCCAUGUGCUUUGUCGAGUUCGAGGACGUUCACACUGCAUCGAAGGCCAUGUCGGAGCUCAACGGACAUUCGUUGGGCGGUGCGAUCAAGAACGGCGGCAUCCGUCUCAGCUUCAGCAAGAACCCGCUGUUCCGGAUGCAAUCGAACUCGGCCAUGAACAGCGCGAUGAACGGUGUUGUCGUUACCGGCGGCGGCGGCAGCGGUGCCAGCUCGGGGACCACGUCGUCGCCCGAAGGUGCGUCGGUACCUCCGCUGAGCUUGGGCUCAGCGAGCGAGAGCUUCGCAGCGGCUGCGGCGCGUCGUUGA